CCGUACUACGCAUAUGAAGUCCGGUCCAAUAGUUACUAAAAUAUGUAUAAAACCGUCUUUAAGUUUUAGAUUAAUUAAUGUAAGCUACUUUAAAAGUGUUGUGCGUGUCGAUGUCCCGGCAUUCAUAAUUAUAAAAUGUUUUUGGUCCAAGUAAUUCACAAGAACAAUAUAAAUUCGGCAAAUAUCUAUUUAACUAUACUUUAUGAACACGAAAGGAAUAGGCGUUAACAGUCAUUUCGUAACUUUAACCCGCUUUUGAAUAAAUGUGCAUUAGUCGUUGUAAUAUCAACGUUUUAAAUCACAUUAUAACGUCUCUAUUUCACCAAAGUCAGUAAAAAGCACAGCAAUAAUAUUUACCAUAACAAUAAUGAUAUGAAUUACAUACGACCGCGCAACGUAACUUGAAACAGGGAAUCUCUGCCCACACAGAGAGAUAAUUGGUGAACAUCUUAAACAACCACUCUGCUGUUGGUCAGUUUUGGUGUCAAACUGGGCGCGUAUCGACAAGGCCUACCAAGGAAUUUGGAGAGCUUCAAAUUUCAUUAUCGUAAAGGAGUUCUGCGGGGGUCGGAUGGGACACCGGUGUCUUCAUGAGAUGACUUGCCGGGGAAGGAGCUGCUGGAUUCGGCUCUGAUCUCCAGCUUCGACCCUAAAGAGCCAGGGAGAACGUCGCUCUGAGAAAGGAAAGGCUAUUCUGCAGGGCAGAGCCAGUCUCCACUCCCCUCAAACCCUGGCUAGAUUGCCCCAUCCCCCAGUUGGCACAUCUCUACAUACUUUGCUGUUUCCCAACGCCACCUGUACUAUGUAGACAACAAUUCUACCCCAUUUAGUGUUUGCAAAUGAAAAUGGAGGAAAUGUCUCUAUCUGGCCUGGACAACAGUAAACUGGAGGCCAUGGCUCAUGAGAUCUACACAGAUCUGAUUGACGAUGCCUGCCUGGGGCUGUCUUUCGAGGUCCACCGAGCUGUGAAGUGUGGCUACUUCCUUCUGGAUGAAACAGACCCAGAGAGCAUGAAGGACUUCGAAAUCGUAGACCAGCCAGGCGUGGAUAUCUUCGGGCAGGUGUAUAACCAGUGGAAGAAUAAGGAGUGUGUGUGUCCCAACUGUAACCGAAGCAUUGCAGCCUCGCGCUUCGCCCCACACCUGGAGAAGUGUCUGGGCAUGGGCAGGAACAGCAGCCGAAUCGCCAACCGCAGGAUAGCCAGUAGUAACAAUAUGAACAAAUCAGAAAGUGACCAGGAGGACAACGAUGACAUCAAUGACAACGACUGGUCCUAUGGCUCAGAGAAGAAAGCUAAGAAGAGAAAAUCUGAUAAGGUAUUUUUACAUUCUUUGAAACAACCCGGGUUUGUGAAUCCAAAUUCUCCAAGAAGAUCAAAAUCUAUAAAACAUAAAAAUGGGGAAAUUAGUAGUGGAAACUCUGAUCCCUAUAAGUACACUUAUAAUUCAGGUAUUAAUUAUGAAACUCUGGGUCCUGAGGAGCUACGGUCGUUGCUGACGACGCAAUGUGGGGUCAUUUCGGAACAUACCAAGAAAAUGUGUACAAGGUCGUUACGGUGUCCGCAGCACACAGACGAGCAGCGGCAGACAGUGCGGGUCUUCCUGCUGGGGCCUUCAGCUCUGAUUCCCGGAGGCAGGUCUCUUCCGGAACCAGAGACGAGUGUGGAGAACGACAGCUAUGACCCCUCGGAGAACCAGGCCCUCAUGAGCCGACUGCAAUGGGACGGCUCCUCUGACAUCUCGCCUUCAGACUCUGCUUCGUCCAAAGCAAGUACCAACAACUCUGAGUCCAAAAAACCCAAAAAGAAGAAACCUCACCUGGGCCUGAGCAGUGGCAGUGGCAGCUCGCAGCAGGGGCUGGGGGGCUCGUCCAGCAAGAAGCCGCCCAAGCUGCUUGCACCUCCCACCCCCAGCAUCUAUACCGACAUCAACUAGCAUCCCGCCCCCAGCAUCUACAAGGACAUCAACUAGCGUCCCGCUCCCAGCAUCUACACCGACAUCAACU